AUGCUGACUGUGGCUGCCCGGUCACGCGCCUUCAUGGAGGUGCUGCGGGAAGAGCAUGCGAUGACGAGCGGUCGAUGUACCAACCCGGGUGCCUUCCUCACGCCUGAGCGCCGCGUGAGUCAACCACUUGAGACGACGCCGAACCCGCUCUCGGCACCGAGCAGAACAACCACCUUCGCAAGGGGCGCAGCAGAUAAUUCCGAAGCGCUGACGCAACCAGGCUUCGAGGAAAAGGCGCGCGACGCGGGGCCGCGUCGCGGGCCUAAGGCUCUGGACGCCAAAUGGCGUCCAGAGUCGAAGGCCCGUGAUGCCAAUCGACCGGUGGUCUGGGAGCUGGUGCACUGA